AUGGUAAACUUUAAAAUUGCAAUCUUUGGAUUAUUUUCAGCUUGAUACAUAUAUUGAUAUUGAUCUAUAAUAGACAAAUCCAAAUCUUUCACCCCAAGCAUAGUCAGAAUAUAUCCAAAAUCAGACCUUCAUAUCCCUCAAGAUCCACCUUUAACAAAAUCUUUAAUGAAUAUAUUUUCACCACACAACGUGUCUGAAUCCUCCAACCCUUCCAGCUAUCUCUACAAAGCUGGCUGAUUUUUUACUUCCUUUAUCUCAAAAGAUAAUUCACUGGUACACAUUUUUGUAAUCAAUGAUGAUAUUCCAACAAAUAAAUCUUAUGACCCGUGGCAUUCUGAAGGUCUUAUGUAUUCUGGGAGCUUUGAUGAUAUUAUUUCAAAUAAUGAAAACUUCAAUUGAACACAGCUAUGAGUCCAAAAUUUUACUGGGCUAGUCAAAUAUGUGACUGCUUCACAAACAGAUGACGAUUUAUUAUUGGUGUAUAAAGAAGUACACGAUGAAGGAGAGGCUUUCAAAAUUAGAUAUUAUGAGAAUAGAUCACUGCCUAUAUAUGAGGAUAUAGAUCUUCCUUAUGGUCUUGACGUUAUUGGGAUUACUAUAGAUCAUGAUAUUAUAGCUUAUUCUAGAUUUGAUGAUAAUAAAUCGUUUCGAACACUUUUAAAAAAUAAGAAAAAAGAUAAUGAAUUUGUAAAAGAAGGGUGAAAAAUCGGCCCAGCUGGCCCAGACCAGGAUCGCGAGCAUUAUGGAAUAUCCCAGGUCCCAGGUAUUAAGCUAACAAGUAAUGGAAAUAAAAGAAUAUUAUUCCGCUAUUGAGUUGGCUCACAAACUUCAAAUAUUUUGAAUGCUUACUCUGAGACUGAAUUUUUUUAUUUGAAAGAUGACGAAUGAACAACUAUGGGCGAAAAUUUAAAAUUUAAUUUCUCUUUAAAGCAGUUCGUAAAUAAAAACUCCAAGGAAAAAGAUAUUAUUCAAUAUCCAUGAGCGAGGCACAGUAAUAAUAGAAAAUAUUUCUAUGUUGGCUAUAUGAAUAGCAUCGUUACAGGUGUGGAUUGAAGGUAAUAAGUAAAUAGUGACGCUGAAAAUUCAACAAUUUCAUUUGUAGACCCUAGUUUUUUUAAAAAAUUUACAAGAUUUGAGGUAUCAAAUAGAGGCGAUUUCCUAGCAAUUGUAAGAUUAAUGUAGACUGAGCUGCAAAGUGAGCAAUCUGGAUUGAAAUAUAUAAGAUUUGUUGGUAAAAAUCAAACCAAUGAUAAAAAAGAAAUCGCGAUUGAUAUAAGUUUAAUGAAUUUGCCAGCUAAAAUACUUAGCCAAGAAAUAAAAUCGUUAAAAAUAAUUGAGCAAAAUCAAUGCAUUUAUGCAGUUAUUUUAUUUUCAGAAGGUCCAAUGGUUGUUGCUAACUUUACUGAUAUAGAAUUUCAAGAUGUAGCCCAGCAAAGCCUUCUUUUGCGGCUAUUUUCAAUUUUUUCACCAAUUUUAGUAGUGGCUUUAAUUUUGCUUAUUAAUGUCAAGUACUUUUUCAACAUCGGAGUAUGAAUAUGGUAA